AUGAAUAGCAAAUUCCUGCUAGACGGUAUGAGCUGGUUUGGCAAAGUUUUGCACCAUUUCUGCGGUAACAUUUUUGUGAGGCUAAUUGAGUUGCUGGAAAAUAAUAUUAGGAUAAGCGACCAUAAAUACUGCUUGAUGUGCUGCAACAUACAAGAAUUGGAUAAAAAGUCCUUGAAAAUCGAUAAAAUGCGAUGUAGCGGUGAAUACUGGAUGACCAAUCUGCCUCAGGAAGUUACUGAGAGACCCCUUGUUGGUGUUGCUAUACCAGGAUCACAUGAUUCGUUCACAGAACUACUGUUUGAUAAAUAUCCCGUAGCAAAUGACGAAGGUCGAUUUAUCCGAGGAAUUGGCCGAUUCCGAAUUGUGCGACGCUUCAUCCGGCGGUGGGCCACAACACAACGAUAUUCAGUGGUUAAGCAACUUCAUGCGGGUGUACGUUACUUUGAUAUUAGACUCACAAUACCGUUAUCUGACAAAGUAAAUGGAGUACGUGUUCUACAUGCUCUUUAUGGUAGCUGCAUUGAACAACUUCUGUUAUGUAUAAAUGCUUUCUUGGACAGUCAUUCAAGAGAAAUUGUCAUUCUUGAUUUCAACCAUUUUUAUAAUUUUAAUAGCGAUAAGUAUAUCAAAUUUUUGAGAAUGGUGGAAAGUGUAUUUGGUCGAAAAUUAUGCUUACGGGGAGAGGAUAUAACUAAAAUAAGCCUAGUUAGUAUGUGGCAAUCGGGUUAUCAAGUGAUAGCCAUAUCAUCAGAAGAAAGAAAAGCAACUCAUCGAAGUACAUCCUGGAUGUGGGAUUCUAGCUGUAUUAUCAGCCCGUAUGCUAAUGUGAAUCGAAGAGAUCAAUUAUUUAAAUUUCUUAAUCGAACAAUACGAGAUCACAGACAAGGUUCCAAGUGUGUGUUCUUUGUAACACAAGCAAUUUUGACCGUAAAAUGGUUUGAUAUCUUUAUGCAUCCAUUUUCCACUUUUGAAAAAGGAUACGCUUUGAAAUGUACAGAAGAAGCCAUUUCUUGGAUUGCUAAUUUUGAUGAACCUUCUUAUUUCAAUAUUAUCAUCUGUGAUUUUAUUGAUCAUUCGGAUUUUUGUAAUGUUGUUUUUUCUCUCAACAUGUCGUCCAACAAGGAUUUUCCGAACAAUAAUUGA